AUGGACUUAGGACUAAAGAACAAAGUGGUAGUUGUAACGGGUGCGAGUCGCGGAAUCGGACGUGCUAUCGCGCACGGCUUUGCUGAAGAAGGGGCGCGGUUGAGCAUCUGUGGCAGAACCCAAGAUACACUCCAAGACGUUAAGGAUGAACUCACGGCAAAAGGCGCGGAGGUCUUUGCCAAACUCACAGAUGUUACGGAUGGCGAACAGGUUGACGCGUUCAUAGCAGAAACAGUGGAAACUUAUGGUGGGAUUAAUGUCGUUGUGAACAACGUCGGUGGCAGUCGGUGGACCCCUCUGGAAGAUAUUUCAGAUACCGAGUGGCACGAAAUCCUCGACCUGAAUCUUGUUUCUGGGGCACGGGUGAACCGACGCGCGAUCCCUGAAAUGAAAAAGCAAGGGAGCGGUGUGAUUCUGAUGAUAACCUCUAUCUACGGUAGAGAAGGCGGUGGACACAUCACCUAUAACGCUGCGAAAGCCGCCGAGAUCAGUAUGACAAAGUCGUUAGCAAAAGAGCUUGCACCAGACAAUAUACGCGUAAAUAGUGUUGCACCGGGUUCCAUUCUCUUUCCAGGUGGUGGUUGGGCUCGCCGCAUAGCAGCGGAUCCGGCAGCGAUGGAAGCCUUUGUGAAAAGCGAUAUGCCGCUGGGCAGGUUCGGGAAGCCCGAAGAAAUCGCGAAUGUUAUUGUUUUUCUCGCAUCAGAACGCGCAAGUCUUGUAACGGGUACCUGUGUGAACGUUGAUGGGUGUCAGUCGCAUUCAAAUAUUUAA